GCGGGCGCACGCCCCCACGUGACGGCGGCGAGGCGGCGGCGGGUGGCGGCGCCGCGCGCCCGGGAUGGAGGUCGGUCCCCGCGAGGGGCACGCGGAGAGCAGGAAGGAGCACUGGAAGCUACUAGGCAACCUGAAGACUACAGUGGAAGGUUUGGUGUCCACCAGCAACCCAAAUGUCUGGUCCAAGUAUGGUGGCUUGGAACGGCUCUGCAGAGACAUGCAUAGUAUCCUCUAUCAUGGGCUCAUCCAUGACAAGGUGUGCUGCAGACAGAAGGAUUACUGGCAGUUUGUGAAGGACAUUCGCUGGCUGAGUCCUGGCUCUGCUCAUCACCUGGAGAAGUUCAUCAGCCUGCAGGAGAGCGGUAAGCCUGACCCUGAGGGCCCAGGGGACCAGGCCAUUGCACAGCUGUGGCUGCAGCACAGCCUGCAGUGCCACUGCCUGUCAGCACAGCUGAGACCACUCCUGGGGAACCGGCAAUACAUCAGGAAAUUCUAUGCAGACACUGCCUUCCUGCUCAGCGACGCACACGUGACGGCCAUGCUGCAGUGCCUGGAGGCUGUUGAGCAGAACAACCCCAGGCUUCUGGCUCAGAUCGACACCUCCAUGCUGGCCGGCACGUCACUGCCAUCCCUGUGCGCAUCAGGUCCUUCUGCUGGUACAAGAGAGAUGUGUGACCACGACUCUGAAGGACAUGAGAGCCAUCUGUCUGGGGCGCUGGGCUGCCUGGAUCAUUUCACUGAGAGCCUGCUUACCAGGAAGAGUGAUGGUCCACCUCCAGUGACCAAGAGUCAGAGCCUGACUGCCCUUCCCGCAUCCCCAUACAUUCCGGUUGCAGACUGCAUGCAGCAGCGCUGCUUUGGGUCCGUUUCCAGCCUUCAUUCUCCAGCCUCCUCUGGCCUCUCAGACAGGAGAUCAGCGAGCAACUCCAUCAGCUUCAGUGCCAGCCAGCCCCAGGAACGCUGCCCGUCCACCCAGUCUUCCUCCUUCAGUGAGGGCAGGUCCCCUCUGGAGCAGCCCAGCUCUGUCACCCACUUCAAUGUACCCUCACCCAAAGACCCCUUCUCUCCAGCCAGUGAGAUGAGCUCCAGCACCACCAGCCAGAGUGAGGACACUUGGAUGGGGAGUCAGGAUGAUCCACAGAGCGAUGUUAAUGAUGGGCCAGAGUACCUGGCCAUUGGGAACUCGGGCCGCCGGGGCCGAGCGUGCAGCAGUGCUAGCACCAACAGCACCAAGAGCAGUAGCUCCAAACUCUUCUCCUCCAGCAGCUCCCAGAAGCUGGACUCGGUCUCAUCCCUGGGGGAGCAGGGGGCAAGUGGAGGUGGAAGCAGGGGCCUGAGCCUGUUGCGCCGGUCCAGCUUCUCAGAAGGACAGUCAUCAGCUACACAGGGCAUCCUCAAGAAGAGCCACGUGCGCUCACACUCUGACACGAACGUGGCUUCGGGGAAGUUGCACGGAGGCCUCAGGGAUAUCACCAUUAUAAUAGAAGAUCCAGUGGCAGAGUCCCACGAUGAUCCAAGUGGAGGGAGAAGGCCAGUCUCUGCUUCUACCCAGAGCAGUGAACUGAGCACACCCAGCUCACUCUACAUGGAAUAUGACUCUGGACAGUACCUGAGCUCGGGUGAAGGGAUGUUCAGAAGACCCUCAGAAGGGCAGUCCCUCAUCAGCUACCUCUCUGAGCAGGACUUUGGAAGCUGUGCAGACCUGGAGAAGGAGAAUGCCCACUUCAGCAUCUCAGAGUCCCUGAUCGCUGCCAUUGAGCUGAUGAAAUGCAACAUGAUGAGCCGACAGCUGGAGGAGGAGGAGGAGGAAGACAGCGACAAGGAAAUCCAGGAGCUUAAACAAAAGAUUCGCAUUCGGCGCCAGCAGAUCCGCACCAGGCACCUGUACCCUACCUGCCAGGGGAUGGGCUCAGACAGUCUUGUGGUGACAGAUAGCGGGUCCCAGUUCAGCUCCCAUGGCUCCAUGCGACUCUCUGACUCUGGCUCUGCAGAGGAUGUGGAAGAGUACGAGAUUCGAGAUGGUAACGAUGGAUCUAACCUGAUUCAAAUGUCCAAGAACGGCCUCUCAGUGUCAAUGGCUUCCUUGUUCUCAGAUGCAGACAUCAAGAGGAACCCAGACUCCAGCAGGAAGCCCUUUCUCUCCUCAGAGUCCAUAUCCCAUUCCUUCCUCAAUUCCAACUCAGCGGAGGCUGUGGCCAUGGGCUUGCUGAAGCAGUUUGAGGGCAUGCAGCUCCCAGCUGCCUCUGAAUUGGAGUGGCUGGUCCCUGAGCAUGAUGCUCCACAGAAGCUCCUACCCAUCCCCGACUCUCUGCCCAUCUCUCCUGAUGAUGGAGAACAUGCCGACAUCUACAAGCUGAGGAUUCGGGUGCGCGGAAACCUGGAGUGGGCCCCUCCACGACCACAGAUCAUCUUCAAUGUUCACCCAGCCCCAGCGAGGAAGGUGGGUGUAGCCAAGCAGAAUUACCGGUGUGCAGGCUGUGGCAUCCGGACUGAUCCUGAUUACAUCAAGAGACUGCGGUACUGUGAGUACCUGGGGAAGUAUUUCUGCCAGUGCUGCCAUGAGAAUGCCCAGAUGGUCAUCCCCAGCCGCAUCCUGCGCAAGUGGGACUUCAGCAAGUACUACGUGAGCAACUUCUCAAAGGACCUACUGAGUAAGAUCUGGAGUGACCCCCUCUUCAACGUGCAGGAUAUCAAUCCUGCUCUGUACCGGAAAGUGAAGUCUCUCAACCAAGUGCAGCUGCUGCGAAUCCAGCUUUUCCACAUGAAGAACAUGUUUAAGACAUGCCGGCUAGCUAAAGACCUCCUUGACUCCUUUGAUACAGUUCCUGGCCACUUGACAGAGGAUUUACACCUCUACUCGCUCCGUGACCUCAGUGCCACAAAGAAAGGGGAGUUGGUGCCUUGCCUGACUGAGCUCCUGAAGGCAGGCAGUCUGCACGUUGAUAAGUGCAUGCUGUGCCAAGCCAAAGGUUUCAUCUGUGAGUUCUGCCAGAAUGAGAGUGACAUCAUCUUCCCUUUUGAGCUCAACAAGUGCAGCACAUGUGAAGAGUGCAAAGCCUGCUACCACAAAUCCUGCUUCAAAUCCACCCGCUGUCCCCGCUGUGAGCGGCUUCAAGCCCGGAGAGAGCUGCUGGCCAAGCAGAGCAUGGAGUCCUAUGUCUCGGACUACGAAGAGGAGCUGGAGCAGUCAGAGGUGGUGGUAGCUACAUGAAUGUUGCAGCAGAGGAGCAGAACGUGGGUUUAUGUGCAUGGAUUUCAUCACCAGAGACUGAGGCACACAGACUGGCGAUGAGGAGGACUGUCAGGAGGCUGGAGCACUGUCUUGAAGGGAUCUGUUUUCCUCCCGUGCAGUAGUGCUGGGCUGGGGAAGGGACAUCUUCCAUUAUCUGGGUCUGCUCCAGGUUCUGCUCACAGGUUUGCUUGGGGAAGUUCAACUGCUUCUGCCUCACAGGCAGAACAGGGGCCUUUUCUGAGCAGUUGUUCAUGCUGGACCAGGCAGGGCUGUGCUGCCGGUCCCUUUGCCCUGCUCCCCAACAGGGUCCCUGGGGGAUCAGCACUUUCUGCUCAUCAACUGUAUAUUAGGAAUCUCUGGCCACAUCUGGUCCUUGGAGGUGGGAAUCAGCUCUCCAAGUCCUCUGAUCCUGUAUCUUGCUGCUGGGAGUUGUGUUUAUGGAGGGACAGUGGGGAUUUGGGGUUGAUGUGCAUAUAACAGCUCUCUGCCUCAAAUUUGGCUUGCGACACUGCCAGAGAGCAGUUCUCACUCCAGGAUCAGAGCAGAGGAUGUGGCAGUGGUGAAAAUGCCAGAUUCCUGCCUUGUCUCUUUGUGCCAUCUGUGCUGAGCUGCUUUCCCUGCCCUCCACAUGUGCUGUAGAGGUGCAUUGCCCCUGGAAAAGCUGCACAAGGGCACUGGUGCUGCCAGGUUUUUGUAGGGGCAGAUCCCCAUGGCUGGAGAAGGCAGUAAGCCCCACUUCCUCAUUCUGCCUGUCUGUCCCCCUGGGGGGCACGUCCUUCUCUAAGGGUGAUACGGGGCCUCACUGGUGGCACCAGGACCUGCCUUGUAUGCAGCUGCCUUCUGUUGGGAUGUGAGUGAAGGCUCAGCCCUCCAGCCACAUCCCCUGAGCCCCUGUCUCAGUUUGUUCUUUGGUUUGGGGUUUUGGUUUUUAAUCUGCUGGGUUUGGUUUUAUUUUUUAAUGUGGUUGUUUGUAUUUUUAACUGUGUGUUCCCCCCAGGAAGGUGCUGCUUGAAAUGCCUCUUUAGGGGACAUGGACUCUGCUUGGGGCUCACAGGUAUAAAACUUCCAAGCCUGUCCUGCUCCUGGUUCCUCAGCCCUGGAGGGAGCUGUUGUUUGCCAGGAGUCCUCUCUCCCAGCACAUCUCCUGUUCCACUUGGGAGAGAUGUCCCUGAGCCAGGCAAAGCCUCAAGGCUUCCCAGGUGCAGUGCAGUGGGGUGGCCAGGCAGCCUGCUUGCAAUGGGGGGUGCAUGGGGGAGAGGGUUUGGCACUGAGGUGCUUCAAAGGGCUGGUCCCUUGCUGAUACAGAGCUGCCUGCCACAACCAACAGCUUCGCAGGGUCGGACCCAGCAGUACAAGAUGCUCUGGGGCUAGCAGUCAGCUGAGGAGGUGCCUGCAUUGCAGGGGAAUGCUUUACAUGGCACAGGUGAGUGUCCAGCAUCACCUUGGCAUGGGUAGGACAUGGCGUGUUCAGAAGGAUGGUGUGGCCUGUGUAUGUGCAAGAAGGGUGUUGAAGAACUGUAGAGCAAUACACUGGCAGAAGGCACCUAGAGGCAGUGGCUUUUGCAGCACAAGCACUGGCUUGAGGCUGGGGUGUGACCCCUCGUGGGCUAUCCCUGCAGGGGUGGCAGGGUCAGGGAGAGAGGCUGAGACCAGGAGAGGUGGAUGCAGGACUUGGUGAAGGAGGGUGGCUGGGAGCGUUGCUGCACAACAGCAUGUCUCCCUGACUCGCAGCAUCCUGGCAAAGCCAGGUCUAGCUGGGAAAGGGGCUUCAGCUCCCCACACACUCUCUGGAGUGUUUGCUGCCUCCUCUCUUGCUUCUGCUCUGUUUCUUGCCAGGGGAGCCACUGCUGUCCUGCUCACUGUCUGUCUCUGCAAGCCAUGGGGCUGCCAGAUGCUGGUCCACCUCUGUCUUGUCUGUCCUCAACAGCAAGCCAAGCCUUCACACUGCUGCCCAGAGUUGGCACCCCCUUCCCUGGAGCUGGCUCAGCAGCACACCUUCAUCCAUCCUGUUUUGUUUGAAGCACUUUAAUGUCAUGGGACAGCAGCUGAGAGGCUGCCCAUGUCCCCUUCUAGAAGCACUGAGUACAUUUAAAGAAGAGAGAAGGGAUUUUGGAUUAUCUGUGGUUUCCACCCUCCACUGUGGACUUUGGAAGCAGUGGGACUUGCAAACUCGAUGGAGGGCUCCAGGGCAGGAUUGUGCCCAGCACUCACCAUUGCAAGGAACACUGGAAGUGGCCAAGGCAGUGAGCUCUUUUUAAGAGAGAGCAAGGGAAUGCUCUGGCCAUUACCUGGAGCCCUCCCCAUGGGACUGUUGCACAGAGAGGCAACAAAAAUGCCAUCCCAAAUAAACUAAGUUAAUGAUGGG